GCGUCCGUCCUUCCCCCCCCGCCCGAACCCCGUCCCCCGUCCCCGUUCCCGUCUCCGCCAGCAAAGCGCCGCUUGAAGAUGGCGAGCCUGGCGCCCGGGGAGCACGCCGCGCAAGGAUGCCCAGCCCCGGCUGCGGAGGAACAGGCGCCGCGGCCCGGGGUUCCCGGGGAGGAGGCUGCACCGGAGGCAGGGCGGGCGGGCGCGGGGCCGCAGGUGGAGGAGGCCGCGGGCAAGGUGGCCGCCGCCCUGACCUGGCUGCUCGGGGAGCCCGUGCUGUGGCUGGGCUGCCGCGCCGACGAGCUCCUGAGCUGGAAGAGGCCGUUGCGCAGCCUGCUCGCCUUCCUGGGUGCCAACCUGCUGUUCUGGUUCCUUGCAUUGACUCCAUGGAGAGUUUAUCAUCUCAUUUCUGUCAUGAUACUUGGGCGCGUUAUCAUGCAAAUCAUCAAGGACAUGGUUUUGUCUAGGACAAGAGGUGCACAGUUGUGGAGAAGCCUCAGUGAAAGCUGGGAGGUUAUCAAUUCCAAGCCAGAUGAAAGACCCAGACUGAGCCACUGCAUUGCAGAAUCAUGGAUGAAUUUCAGCAUAUUUCUUCAAGAAAUGUCUCUUUUUAAACAGCAGAGCCCGGGCAAGUUUUGUCUCCUGGUCUGCAGUGUGUGCACAUUUUUUACAAUCUUGGGAAGUUACAUUCCUGGAGUCAUACUCAGCUAUCUACUGUUACUGUUUGCUUUUUUGUGUCCGCUGUUUAAAUGUAACGAUAUUGGACAAAAAAUAUACAGCAAAAUCAAGUCCAUUCUAUUGAAACUAGAUUUUGGAAUCGGAGAAUAUAUUAACCAGAAGAAACGUGAGAGAGCUGAAGCAGAUAAAGAAAAAAGUCACAAAGAUGACAGUGAAUUAGACUUUUCAGCUCUCUGUCCUAAGAUUAGCCUCACGGUUGCUGCCAAAGAGUUAUCUGUGUCAGACACAGAUGUGUCAGAAGUCUCUUGGACUGAUAAUGGGACCUUCAACCUUUCAGAAGGGUACACUCCACAGACAGACACUUCUGAUGAUCUUGACCGGCCCAGUGAGGAGGUUUUCUCUCGAGAUCUUUCAGGUUUUCCAUCUCUGGAAAAUGGCACGGGAACAAAUGAUGAAGAUGAGCUCAGCCUGGGCUUACCUGCCGAGCUCAAGAGAAAAAAGCAACAGUUGGACGGUGGUCCCAGACCAAGCAAAGAUGGGCAGUCAGCAGCCGGCCUCUCCCUUCACUUGAUGAGCAACCUGGCUGGGGACGUCAUCACAGCCGCCAUGACGGCCGCUAUCAAAGAUCAGCUAGAAGGGGUCCAGCAGGCAUUUGCUCCGGCCGCACCCACUGUAGGAGAGGACACGGACACCGAGGAAGGGGAUGAUUUUGAACUCCUUGACCAGGCAGAGCUAGAUCAAAUUGAGAGCGAACUGGGACUCACACAAGACCAAAAUGAAGAAGCACAGCACAGUAGGAAGUCUGCAGGCUUCCUUUCAAAUCUACUUGGAGGCCAUUAAUCUGGGAAUCAGCUUGCAGCAAAGCACAGAUGAACCACCCAAAAAUUUCAGACAAGCAGGGAAAAAACAAACAAACAUACACACACACACACA